UGCCCCCGGGAAGAUGGCCCGGCCUGGGCAGCGUUGGCUCGGCAAGUGGCUUGUGGCGAUGGUCGUGUUGGUGUUGUGCCGGCUCGCCACGCCGCUGGCCAAGAACCUGGAGCCCGUGUCCUGGAGCUCCCUCAAUCCUAAGUUUCUGAGUGGGAAGGGCUUGGUGAUCUACCCGAGGAUUGGAGACAAGCUGGACAUCAUCUGCCCCCGAGCAGAAGCAGGGAGGCCCUAUGAGUACUACAAGCUGUACCUGGUACGGCCAGAGCAGGCAGCUGCCUGCAGUACCGUGCUCGACCCCAAUGUGCUGGUCACCUGCAAUAGGCCAGAGCAGGAAAUUCGCUUUACCAUCAAGUUCCAGGAGUUCAGCCCCAACUACAUGGGCCUGGAGUUCAAAAAGCACCAUGACUACUAUAUUACCUCAACAUCCAAUGGGAGCCUGGAAGGGCUGGAGAACCGGGAGGGUGGUGUGUGCCGUACACGUACCAUGAAGAUCAUCAUGAAGGUUGGGCAAGAUCCCAAUGCAGUGACACCUGAGCACCUGACUACCAGCCAGCCCAGCAAGGAGGCAGACAACACUGUCAAGACAGCCACACAGGCCCCUGGUCGGGGCCCCCAGGGUGAUUCUGAUGGCAAGCAUGAGACUGUGAACCAGGAAGAGAAGAGUGGCCCAGGUGCAAGUGGGGGCAGCAGCAGUGACCCUGACAGCUUCUUCAACUCCAAGGUGGCGUUAUUUGCAGCCGUUGGUGCCGGCUGUGUCAUCUUCCUGCUCAUCAUCAUCUUCCUGACGGUUCUACUACUAAAGCUGCGCAAGCGGCACCGCAAGCACACACAGCAGCGGGCAGCUGCCCUCUCACUCAGUACCCUGGCCAGUCCCAAGGGGGGUAGUGGCACCACAGGCACUGAGCCCAGUGACAUCAUCAUCCCCUUACGGACUACAGAGAACAACUACUGCCCCCACUAUGAGAAGGUGAGUGGAGACUAUGGGCACCCCGUCUACAUCGUCCAGGAGAUGCCACCCCAGAGCCCGGCGAACAUCUACUACAAAGUCUGAGUGCCCAGUUCGGCCUUGGGCCCUGAGGGACAGACGGCCUGGACUGGAUCUCUCCUUUUCCCCCAACACCUCACCCCUGCCAGCUGUGCCCACCUUUGUAUUUAGUUUUGUAGUUUCUUGGCUUUUAUAAUCCCCUUUUUCCCUGCCCCCUGGGCUUCGGAGGGGGGUGCUUGUGCCCCCAAACCCCAUGCUCUUGUGCCUUCCCCCUCUGGCCAGGCCUCUGGGCUCGGUGGGGGCACCCUUUCUUGGAGGGCAGGGUUGGAUGCUGAUAGACAGCAGGCAGGGAGAUGGCCCCCUGGCCCUGCCCUUUCCCUCGCUCCCUUUCCCCCUUCCCAGGACUGCUCGUCCACUAUCAUCACUGUUUUUAAUGCUUUUGUGUUCAUUUUUUUAGCUGUCAACUCAUUUUCAUCUGUUUUUUGAAGAAAAAUGGAAAAAAUAUACAAGGCAGCUCCUCCUCAGGCUUUUUGAGCCUGGUUUGACCCAGUAUAAGAGGGCCUGGGGCAGGAUGUGGCCAGCCAGGAAGCAGAGGAUGGCAUUGCUUUUAUAGACUCCUUGGUAUUUCAGGGGGUGGGGGAGGGCAGGCCACACCCACAUAGGAGAGUGCCACUGGGCAAAGUGUACCACCCUCCCUCCUCCUACAGAACUGAUCCUGGCAAUGGGGUAGUGGCUGCCAUCCUUCCACCAAAAAGAAAAAUAAAAUCCCUUCCUUGUGGGAUUCUUGGGCAUCUCCUGCCUCCCUCACUCUCACGGUAAUUAAUGUCUUAAUUGGCUGUUGCCUGGGGAACAGGAGAGCUGCUGCAGGCAGAUGACCUCAUGGGGGGUGGAGGGAGGUGAGGUGCCCAGGUGGCUAUUUGCCCUGCAGAGCUGGGAGUUCCCCACCGCCACCCUGUUCUCUCCUUACCUUUGGCAUCCUUUGGCCCAGUGGGGAAACAGAGGCCCAAGGUGAAGACCUAAGCGGGUAAUAAGGCCAAGUGACCUGCUCCUUUUCUGGAAUUUAGCACAGAUGGGUGCCCCACACUCACACGCCCAACCUGAUCCCCACUGCCCCUCCCCACCCUCCAGUCAUGGGCUGGGGCCUGGAAAGAGGAAGAGUCUGCCCAGGGUUGCCCGCUGUGCACUUUGACCCCAGCUCCUUACCAGCACGGCUGCUAACAGACUGCCACAGAGGGUAUACCUUGAGGCACUCCCAGAGCAGCUAUGGAAGGAGCUGGGCCUUACAACCAUCCACCUCCACACUGCCUCCUGGCCAGCUGCCCACCCUGGUGCCAGGUGGGAGAGGGAGCAGAACAGCCAGCCCCUUCCAGGUGGCAGUUGGAAGGGUUUUUGUGUUUUGUUUUGUUGUUUUGUUUCUGUUGCCAUUUGUGUAAAUACUAGUCUUUUUGGAAAAAAAU